GGAUCGCGGGACUUGUCGGCUUGGUUCCCCGAUCGCCCCAUCAGGUCAGCGGCUGAUCCCCCGCUGCGGCCGGGGUCGGGAGCCGAGGCCACACGCACCCGCGCGGGGGACGCAGGCGGCCAUGCCGGAUAAAGGGAAGAAAGGCAAAGGCUCAGGCAAGUCCCAUGGAAAGAAGCAGAAGAAGCCUGAAGUGGACAUCCUGAGCCCCGCGGCCAUGCUGAACCUGUACUACAUCGCGCACAACGCAGCCGACUGCCUCCUGCUGCGUGGCUUCCGCUGGCCCGGAGCACCCAAGGGGAAAAAGGGCAAGAACAAGACCUAAGGAAAGAGAGGCGGAGAUAGAAACGGAGCACAACCAUAGGCGAAUGGACCUCACCAAACACAUUUGAAGUGCAUGCGUAGUGUGCUUUUCCAUGGUAUAUUAGGAUUUAAAAAUGCAUUUUACUUCCUCAGUUAGCCCAGGUGUAACUAAGGGGAGGUUUUUCAAAAGUUAAGGGAAACAAGUCCUGAGUAAUGCCUACACAGUGUGGUAGAAUUUCUAGUACUUUUAAAAACUAUCAUUGUAAUUCUGUGUCAGAAUUAAACCUUGCUUUGGAAAGGCAG